AUGGCGCCUGUUUCUGAGCUGAAUCGGACCGACAACGUGGAGGGGCCCGUGGUCGCCAUCUUCAACGUACCGCUGAUCGGCCACGUGAACCCCACUUUCGCCUUGGUGCAGGAACUCCGAAAGCGCAGCUGCAAGGUGCACUACUUUUUGCCUCCCGUGGCCUCAAUCCGCGACGCUGCCAUCGAGUCUGGGGCGGUUGUGGAAGGCUACCUCCCAGAAGAUCCGACUGACUUCGAGAUGGACAAGUGCUGUGUCGACGAGCCACCGUGCCCGACACAGAUACCAGUGGAGGACCGUGCCCUUUAUCCUGUCUGGCCCCUCACCACCAUCCUCAAGUGUGGGGAGUAUGUCCUCGAGCGGUGUCGACAGAUUGGCGUCAGCGUCGUCCUCUACGAUGCCUGGGUGCCCUUGGGCAUCGUCGUGGCCAGGAGGCUUGGGAUCCCAUACGCCUCCUUGGUCACGUAUCCGGGCAUGGGGAGCCUGCGAGACAUGCUUUCCUUGAUGGAGGCGGAAGGCCGACUGGAAGUGUUCGCAGAUAUCCGCAAGCCGUAUGGCAAAGCCAUCAAGGACAAGUUUGGCAUCGACUUGUCUUGCCACCUCCUGACCCGGCGGCAGUACUACUCUGAGACAAACUUCGUUACCACCUGUGAGGAUCUUGUCGCCGAGUUGCCAAAGCCAGGAGAGCAGAAGUGGGCCGACGAACUGCGCGCCCAUUUUAGCUUCACCGCAGUCGGCUGCCUGGUCAGCGCCUCUGCACCACAUGUGAGCACGGUGAGCGCGACUCCAACACACAGUGUUUCCGCCUCCGCCAAGAGCUUCGGCAACGCGUUGCCCACUGCAGAGCUCAUGGAUCACUUGGCCAGGGGUCGCAAGAUCAUUUAUGCCGCCCUCGGUACUAUGGCACUGUUGGACAGGUGGAAUAUCGACCUUGGCCGACUAAGUGGCAACAACUUGCCCCUUGGGACCACCGGCAAAGCUUUCUGCCAACACGUGUGGAAGGCUCUCUUCGCGGCGUUGGAGGAACUUGGUGAGGAGUACUUCUGCGUGCUGCCGGCGGGCAAGCAGCCAGAUGCGCUGGACUUCCUCGGCAGCAGCGAAGAAGAGAUCUCCGAGCACUUGCCUUGCAACGUAUUUGUCUGCGAGUCUGUGCCACAGGUGGAGAUGCUAAACCGCUACACCUCCGUCUUUGUGUCGCAUGUCGGGUUCAAUAGCCUUCAGGAGAGCCUCAUGGCGGGUGUGCCCCUCGUGGCCAUCCCGCAAGCUGUUGACCAGCCUGGGAACGCCCGCAAGGUGCAAGACCGCGGCUGGGGCCAAGCCUUCUUCAAGCCCAUGGAGACAUGCACCGCAGCCCAGUUGGCGGAUGUCCUGCGCCAGGUGAGUGGUGGGGCCAGCUACCGUCGGGCGGUGCAGCGUGCCAGAGCCGAGCUCGCAGGAGGCGCGCCGCGCCUGGCCGAGCACCUGGUGGUGAUGGCAAAGGAUCAGAAGGGUCAGAAUGGCGCUGUGCUGGGCGGCUGUUGA